UCUUAAUAAUCUCAUCAUCUUCUUAGAUUACUGCACUUCAAAUCCUCUGGAUUUGUAGUUAUCUAGAAAUAUGGGUUUUGCACCCAGAAGCUACUUUGUUUUUUGUAUGAUGAUUCUAAUUCUGCCCGCAGUACUUUGUUCUAGCAACAAGGACGCGUAUGUGUCCUCAAGAGCAACUUACUACAGCACCCCCGAUGGCUUGGGCACUCCAACUGGAGCUUGUGGGUAUGGUGAAUAUGGAAGAACUGUCUACAAUGGCAAUGUGGGAGGGGUCUCUAAGCUUUACAGGAAUGGACUAGGCUGUGGCGCUUGCUAUGAGGUAAGGUGCAAGAUCCCACAGCUUUGCAAAGCAACAGGAGUGAAGGUGGUGGCAACAGAUUAUGGUGAAGGAGACAACACAGACUUCAUCCUCAGCAAGCACGCCUUCGAGGCAAUGGCCAAACCUGGGUCCGCCUCCAAGCUAUUUGCUUAUGGCGUUGUUGCCGUAGAUUACAAGAGAGUCCCUUGCGACUACCCGAAUCACAACCUAGCAGUCAAGGUCCAUGAGCAGGGCAGGUUCCCGGAUUACCUAGCCAUCCUCUUUGUGUACCAAGCUGGCAAAAAUGACAUUACUGCUGUUCAACUUUGGCAGGCUGAAUAUCGGCAAUGGAAGGACACGAGGAAGGUGUAUGGUGCAGUAUGGGACAUGCCUAAUCCUCCAAGCGGCGCGCUUAGCCUGAGAGUCCAAUUGAAUGGAGGUCAGAAUUGGGUGUACCUGGACAAAGCCAUUCCUAAGAAAUGGAAGACUGGGCACAUCUAUGAAACCGGCGUGAAGCUUGCUUAAUUAAGCUCUAUAUAUAUUAGGAAAACGCUAAUCCAAAUUCUUUAGAGUUGGAUUGGGAAUGGUUACCAAUUAAGUUAUUAGAUAUAAGUGGAGCUAGUGGUGCUAGCUCCUUGUAUUAUUGCUCAAGCUUUUCUGCUAAUAAGUCAGACUCAGUAGUAGUCGAUGCCUUUCUCAAUCAAUAACGAACUGGACGAUGUGUAGUUCUGUACGACUGUGCUUACUGAGUGAAUAUGAAUUAAAAUUUUACUCGU